AUGGCCAAAGCAUCAGUCCCAGACCAAGUAGACAUCAGAACCAGCUCGCUCCCACCAAUCUACACAAGAACCAACUCCUCCAAAUCCAGCCAACCAGCGCGUCCCACCGUUAUUCGCUUCUCAAUCUACACUGCCAAACUCCUCGUCUACGUCCUCUCCACAUGUGGCCUGCUCUUCAUCCUCUCCCAAAUCUCCUUCCUCCAAUCUCAGUCAACUCCUUUCCCUCAAUGGCCUCUCUCUCUCAUGCACCAAUGGCAAAAAGUCAUCCUCGACACCACCUCCAUGGUCGCUUCCGACCCCACCACAGCUAAUAAGCUCGAGGCCGUGGCCGAGAGGCUCCGCGACGCGGUCACCUUCCUCCCGCUCAAGGACCUGCGCUUCGCCAACCGACCCACUGAGGGCCACACCUGGUUCAUGAGCUCCCUCAACGAUACCAGCAUCAGCGGCGGGCCCCAGCACCUGCGCUUCCCGUCGGACAGCUCAAAGGGUCGGGUCCUAUGCCUCAAGGGACGUGACUUACAUGAUGGCUCGUGGAACUACUAUGCCCUCGCGUGGCCUGAGGCCCUCCCGCACAACGCCACCUUCAUGAUCGGCCUGACUUUCGUGUCGUACAACCACUAUGACUACCAAAACAUGUGGCACGGCUUGUCCACGUUGUUCCCGUUCGUGGCGUGGCACCAGAGGCACACUUGCCGCCGCCUGCCCGAGCGGUGGGUGCUGUACCACUGGGGCGAGCUCCGGUCAGGAAUGUCCCCGUGGCUGAGCAAGCUGAUGGAGGCGACGUUUCGGAAGCCACCGUCUAUAGAAGUGUUUGAUAAAAUCAAGGAGGACGGCUGCAUCUGCUUCGAGGACGCAGUGGUGACGAGGCACAACGAAGGAGGGAUGUCUACGGAGAGGAUGAUCGAGGCCUACGAAUUGUUGAGAUGCAGCGUGAGGAGAUAUUGCAACUUGAGCUCGGAGCUCGAUGGUGAUGGUAACAAGGUUAACAUAAUACGUUUGACAUUGUUGAUGAGACGAGGAGCGAGGUCAUUCAGGAACGAGUCGGCGGUGGUUGGGAUUUUCCGGAGGGAGUGUGAUAAGGUCGGAGGUUGUCGGCUCACGGUGGCUCACUCCGAUGAUCUCAGUUUCUGUGACCAGGCGAAACUGAUGAGCACAACCGAUGUGUUGGCGUCGCCGCACGGGGCGCAGCUGACCAACCUAUUCCUGAUGGACCGGAACAGUAGCGUGAUGGAGUUCUUCCCCCACGGGUGGCUACAGUAUGCCGGGGUCGGCCAGUAUGUGUUCCAAUGGUUGUCGAGCUGGUCGGGGAUGAGGCACCUGGGCGCCUGGUGGGAUCCGGUCGGCGAGAAGUGUCCCUACCCGGAGGGCGGCCUCGAAUGCUUCGACAUCUACAAGAACGCCCAGAUCGGGCACAACGAGACCCAUCUCAGCGACUGGACGAGGAAGGUUCUCGGUGAAAUGAAGCUGAGAAAGAGUGCAGAGACUGUUCCGAACAAGAAGCAGGAUCCUACUAGCGCUUGUGCUUGCGGCUGA